AUGAAGUUCUUCACUCUCGCUUCCCUCGUCGCCCUUCCCCUGGCCUUUGCUGCCCCCAACCCCAUCCCUGAAGCCGCUCCCGAAGCUGUCGCCGAAGCUGCGCCCGGCGGUUACGGCCAAUGCCAGCCUCAGAUCAAGUACAUUACAAAGUACGAGACCAAGUACGUCCCUAAGUACAUCACCAAGUACGAGACAAAGUAUGUCCCCAAGUACAUUACAAAGUACGAGACGAAAUAUGUCCCCAAGUACAUCACCAAAUACGAAACCAAGUACGUGCCAAAGUACAUUACCAAAUACGAGACAAAGUAUGUGCCAAAGUACAUCACAAAGUACGAGACCAAGUACGUUCCGAAGUACAUCACCAAGUACGUCAACCAGUGCAACAAGUACGAGGGUGGUGGUCACCACUAA